CGCCGCCGUGGCGGCAGCCGUCGUCAGCUGUCAUGGCGUCGUUGCGAGUGUCGGCCCGUGUUUAGUUUCUGCUCCGGAUCCAGCACGGUUUCGACUUCCGCGUCGCGAUCUCCUGAAAGAAUUCCCGACGCUGAUCUCACCGCGAUGUUCAACCGAGCGUCGUCCAACCAUUGCUGAGAGUCGCACGUCGAGACGAGAGCAAGACAAAAUGUCGCGGAAAAGCAGAAAGCGGAAGUCAGAUGGCGAAGAACAAACGACGGUCGAUGGAGAACAGGACAAUUUCUUCUCCGACGAGAUACGAGACGAAAUGGAAACAAUGUGGGAGAUACCACAAAUCUUCCACUUCCUCCAUCUCACAAGAGAAUCUCUAAAUAUACCUCAAUUAUCAAUGUACGAAAUGGAAAGGAUGCUUUCGAUACCAAGAGCGUCGAAGCAGUUAGCAAACAUCAUGACGUGUCUGCUAAGCUCUCCAAUUACCAAAGCAAAGCUACGCAAGGUACCACCGAUGCCGUAUGAAUUUUGGACCAACAUCUUGACGCACAAGAUGGCGAGUUGGUUCAAAGUUUAUCAUGCCAAGCACAAAGAUGCCACCAAAGUUCUAGAAACCAUCGGCGUCGAGCCAGAAUUUUGGAACAUGUUCCCCGAUGCUUCGCUGCUCGACGGCAAGGAUUUUGAGAAUAUGAGCUUCAGGCAGAGAACUUGGCUAUUGAAAACUGUCUGUGAUACAAUCAUGCAUACGAGAAAAACAGUUCAGGAAGACAUGGCGAAGCAACCGUGGGAGGACCAAUUCGAAACGAGUCUAGGACUGGAUCGUUACGGGGCGAGAUACAUUUAUUUUCCACAAUUCAUCGCGACUGAUCUCAGGAUUUACAGGCUUUGUCUGGACAAUAAAAUCUUGUCGACUGUCAGGCCUAUGAAACCAAAGCAAGAGGCGAACUUGGAAACGAGCAAUUCGUUCCGCGCAAAAUUGAAUAGAUAUAGAAUGAGGAGAGCGCAAUCGAGCAAUAAUCAUAACAACAAGAAUUUGUCAGAGCAACCAAACGGACGCGAGAUUAAAGUCGAGGAUAAGGAUCUCAGUUACAAAUGUAAUAUCGACAGCGCGACGAACUCGUUCAUCAGCGAGGAUACGAACCUAAGUAGUACAAGCACGUGCAGCAACAACAACAACAUCAGUUUGGACGCUAUCAAUAGGAAGCGUUCCAGGAGUCUGUCGAAGAUGUCUGAGGAAAGUACGAUGUCGAACGCGAGAUCCAGCGGUUACGACACCAAUACCUCCAGUGACAACCGGUCUCUCGACGAUGACGACGUUAAGGUGUUCAAAGGUUUCUCCGACAUUCAGGGCGAUAAUUGCAAGAUCGGCAUGAUUAACGAAAUGUUGGACGACUUGAAGACGGAGAUCGAAGACGGGAAGACGAACGGAUGUGAGAGCGACACCAGGAGUAACGGAUUAACGUCGCAAGAGGACUUCGAAGGUUUGUGCAAAAAGACAGAAAAUUUGUGCGUUGAAGCAACAUUGACUGUUGAGAAAGACAAAAGUGAACGAUCGGUGGAUAGUUUAAUCGACACUUCGAAGACGGACGAUGAGAAACUGAACGAAAUAAUCAGUGCCGAGAGUACCAAAUUACUUGCAGGUGUAAGUUCCAAAAGUGUCUCAGCCGAUGAUGACGUAAGUGAUAAUAUAUCAAAGUCAUCAUCCAAGUCGGACGACGAGAAGCUGAGUGAAACUAAGACCAACAGCGGCAAUAUUAGCGCUAGUUGUAAAGAGAGAGAGAACGGUGUAAAUAAAAAUAUUACUUUUAACGGGUUGCACCGUGCAUCCUUUAGCAAUAACGCAUCCCCUAGCAAUAAUGAACUGUUAAGUGAACAAGUGACUAGGAGUAAAAACAAAGAGGGCAUCUCCCCGGCGAUCAAAACAGAGUUGAAGAAUUCGGUUCCAGAGAGAACCUCGAGCAAGAGACAACUACGACCUCGCCACCGAGCGGCGCAACGUGACGCGGAAGAUAAAACCGUAGUGGUGAAAAAGGAGACGAAGAAGCGAGUGGAGUUGGAAGACGAUGCGAAUGAGAAUUUGUCUACGAGCGAUGCACGACUGGAAGAUUAUGAUUCCGACGAUGAUUACGCGCAUUCUGAAAACGGUUACAAUCUACGAAGAUCCAACCGUCCGAAAACGGAUGAGUGCAAGGAGCAUUUCAACAAACUGCUGUCGGAUCUUAGCGUCUCCGACUUUCAAUUAGUAGCCGACAGCGUGGAAAGCUUAAAGGAUCUCAUUUCUAGUUUUACGGAGGAGGAAUCGAAAAACGCUUCUAGCAAUAUUGCCGAUAUUAUUCCUUUGUGUGAAAUCAAAUUGGUCAAGAAACUGACUGAAUUGUUAAAUUCCUUGGAGAACGUGGAGACCAUCUUGAAGGAUUCUACGCGAAAAGCAAAGUCCAAGUUACAAAGGGAAUGGUCUAACUUUAAGGAAGGCAGUGUGGAGGAUCAGGAUUCAUCCGGUGAGGGUGGUCUCAGCUCUAAUUGGUGGGUUCUUGGAUCGCAGGGCUGUCCACUGUCAGCUCCCGGAGACGCAACGUUACAAACGUUACCGCAGCUUGCCCUAUCCUCACUUGGCUCCCAAAGCCAACAGCCGCGACCCGAAACAAGCGAACACGAGAGUGCGGGCAAGAGCACCGAGCGGGGUCACUGCGAGAGCCGGAAGAGCAACGGCGAACGGCGAAACAGCGGCGAGAAAGCGGAAGACGAGGCCAGAGGAAGAGACCAAGUCGAGGAAAAGGAACAGGAGCGGAAACGUAAACGGGAACAUAAACACAAGGAGAACGAAGUCACGGCAAACAACGAAGCAGAAGCAGAACAGCAACAAACACGACGAGUACUGCGAGCACGUGGCGUCUCUUCGUACACAGAACAACUUUACUCGGACGACGAGAGCGACCAGGACGAGCUGGAAGAAUGGACCGACGUUGAGGCAGUCUACGCGGCUCCCGGCGCACCGACCGAUACAUCCACUUCUCACGCUGCUCCGAAAGUCCGACACUCUGACGACUGGUCGGAAACAGAGGAUUCAGACCAAGAUUGGAUUCUACCGGGAACUCGCAAAAGGAAAAAUAAACGUCCGUCUGCCAAUCGAAGAUUAAAAUCUUUCCAACACAAGCUGCAAAACAUCCGAGAGAAUGCAUGUCAGAGCAACGUAGUGUCUAAUGUAUCUAAUUCUACUAGCGGGAAAUCCGGCAACGAUAAAUCUAAAGAUAACAGCAAACGUCCGACUGAUUCCCCGCGAAUCAUCUCAAAUGGUCGCGAGCGCUGUCCUCCUAUUAAACGAGCGAUUCCUGCAGAUCCUAAGCAAGUAGUGCCUUCCACGGAUACAAUCUGCAAAAUCGAGACUGUCGAAAGCGUACACUCAGAGUUAGACAUCAAGGACGAGGGCCCGAUCUAUGAUCCUAGCACAGUUCAGUACAGUGAGAACAACUACAACUCGAACCUUCAACAGAACUACAUAGUGAAGACCGACUCGGCGCCCGUAAACUACUAUGUAAUGCAGAAUGUCGGAAUGCCGACUACGCCGGUGAUCGGGCAAAGCUACUACAUCCAGGGCACACCAAGUUACUUGAUACAAGAUCCACAAACGAAUUUCUUGCCCUCCGCACAGCAACAGCCGCAGCAACCGCAGCAACCGCAGCAACAGACCGUGAUUUACCAGCAACAGGCAAUAUUGACGCAACCGUUCGUUAAUAAUGUCAACUAUACGCCCUACACAACGCAGUCGCAGUACAACAUAGUCGCUACCAACCCGCCAGUGACGAGCCAGCCACAGUUAAGGCCGCAAAACGCGGCUCCUUCCGCACUAAGGAUGCAGGGUCGAUCGGUCAGUCAUCAAAACAGAUACAUCGCGCCGCGACAGAGCCUGCCACCUAACGCCACAAUGAUAAGAAACAACGCACCUGUCCGAGACAACUGCCCGAGACUCAACAAUCCCAAAUUCGUGAGAGGCAAGACCCAACAACAACAACGUGCGUCUAAUCCCAAUGUAACGCCAAGGCGUAGACAAGCACAGCAGGCAUCCGCGGAUAACACCGGUCAAAAGACCACAUCCUUGAUCGUGCUGAGUGACAGUGACGACGAGAUAGAGAUGAUUAUCACGGAGAAAGCCACGACAAAGAGCGGCAACGUCGAAAGGAACAAGGAAAAAGGCACGCCGACCUCAACAACGGAUAGAAGCAAAGUGACGCCUUCGAGAACCGUGAAUACGGUAUGCCAGAAACCCAUGAUCACCUCGGAUACUCUGAUCUCCUCGACAAAAGGUAUCAUACCGCCGCAGAUCAUCGAACGGAUGAAUCAAGGCGGCAUAUCCAUCACUCCGGUGAAAAGUAUCGCUCCGCAGACGGCGCCGAACGCGAACACACAGCUGGUAGUGGUCGUGAACGAGACCGGGAGCCAUUAUGCAUUAUCAUUACCCAACGGGAGCAAACUGAUACUCACUCCGGAACAAGUGGCGCAGAUCAGAGCGUCAAACGGCGGCAGACUGAUCUUGUAAGACUUCUACGACGUCGUGUUUGCCGGUCUUCCUGAACCAUGGGUUGCGUGUAUUGUAUGUAUGUACGCGUGAAUGUACGAGUUCGACUUGAUUCCUAAUCCAUCGCGAACUAGAAUGAUUUGCGACCACUGAGCAAAUGUGAUACGCGACGGGUCGAUAAGGUAAAAGAAGUGGUCGCCGGACACGAAAACUUUUCACUAUUAGUCUCGAAUGAUUCUAUUUUCCUUUCUAUUGUAAUAUAAACUCUUCAAUAAAGUCAUUUGUAUCAGUUCAAUUAGUUUAUGUAUGCAAUACAUUACUACAAUAUGUACCAGGUGUACAAAUCAGUUGUGAAUUAAUUAAUUAUUAUGCAACGGUAAUUACAGAAGUUAUGCAUAUUUUAGCUUAAAUAUAAUUUAUAAAGUGUAUAUAAAUAAAUUAUCACAAUUAUAUUACCAGUGGAAUCGUCAUAAAUAGAUGAUAAAUCAUUUCAUCUGCACGAUUGUUAUGCCUGGAUAUAGGUCCGGGAAGGUUUAACAGUCAGAUCAAACGUUCUCGUUUUAGUCGGAUAUCGGUUCAUUCAUAUGUUCUAAAAUUGACGUUAUUUUUCAAAUAUUUUAAAAACUUUUCAUUUUUCAUGUGUUAAUAACAAAUGUUUACACUUCGGCUUAUAAUUAAUUAUAUAAUUAUAUAAUUUUACAGUAUUAAAUACUGUGUGCGUAUCAUAAAAAUUAAACAAUCAUAUCUUCUACGUCGUUGAAUGUCCAGCUGUUGGGAAGUUUACUCUAAUUUUGCUCAUUCUUUUUUUCUCACACCUUGUGAACUUCGUUAAUUAGACUGUAAGAACAGAAAACAGAAAAGCUGCGUUCUGUAAUAUGCAUAAGCGCACAUUUACCUAUAGUUUGUGUUUUGUAUACUGUAGAAAAUUACGCGCAUAUGCGUAUUACGGGACGCGGCCAGUGCUCGUUGCAAGUGCUCGGAGAAAAUUAAUUUAAAGACCUUAAAACGUAUUUGUAAGAAGCAAGCCGUUUUAGCACCGUGUAGACGAAAUUUUUUAUUAUCUCGUACGAUCCUAAGAAGAUAUUGUUUCUUAUGAUAAGUUCCAACAGUUUACAGUUCACGUGAUGCUAUUAAGUAUAGUACAACGCUCUGUGAAGCGCAAAUAAUGAGCUUGCAUGAGUCACCGAACUCAUAUUAAUUUCUUUAUACAUCUUCGUAUCAUUUAAAGAAUUACACUGAGAAUACUAAAGAGUUUUAUGAUAAUUAAUAUGUAUUUGUUCAUUAAAAAACAUACAUGAAAAAUAAAAUGAGAUCUUCGUCGUCGACAAAGUCGCAUUUGUAGAAUUAUGUAAUUAAUAAGUAAGUCGCAUUCGUGACAUUUGUAAAAAUAUGUAUAGAAAGUUCCGUUUGGCUCGCGAUACGAUAAAAGAGAUCGAACGAAUUGUAUUUGUGCACACGCACAUUCGUAACCGAUGCUAAUUUUGUAAAACGACAAACACUCACGAAGAUAUAGAUAUGCCAUUAACUCUCAUAUCUAUAGUAGACAUAAAUUAUAAAAAUUUCACAAAAAAACAUCAGGUAGAGCGUCCGGCUCUUCUACAGACAAUUAAAGUAUUAAUUAGCGCGCAUUUUCUAGAAAAGAAUUCAUAGUGCAUAAUUAAGUAACUAAUUUUUCCAUUUAGAUCAUAAGAUAAUCAUUUACACAGUAAUGAUAAGCGCAUUGAGUUGAAAAAUUGCCGACCCUCUUGCACGAGAAGAAUGCUUGUAAUUAAAAUCUGACGAUGUCGUGGUUUAGAUUUUCAUCAGUCCAUCUCUUACAUUAAUUUUUCAAUUCGAUUAAUUUUUCAACUCAUCUAAAAUAUCUGAUAUAUUUCUCCAAUGUGUGUGCCGCAACAAUGCCGCAACAAAAUUUACAUUGUAACCCGCGUCUAAACACUGGGAAACUAUUCUUGAAAAUAUCACCCUAAUAAAUGUACUAAUAUAUUGA